UUUCUUUGAAGCCUAUUAUUAGUGAUAAUAAAACAGUGUGUUGCACACAGAUUUUGGGAUGCAGCCUCCAUCUCUCCCCCCCUCCUCCCCCCCUCCCUUUCAGAGGACAAAGACUAAAAUGGGUCAGACUCUGGAGAGAAGCAGAUCUUCCGCACCAGCCAUCAUGUAAUGUAGUUCAUCAGCCUGGAGAGAGACACGAGAUGCUGCUGCUGACAGGAUUUAUGGCUCUUUUCUAACAACAGAUCCAACAUGUCGCCUGCAGCCCGCAGACACGAUUUCACCCUCUUUAUUUAACGGAGACGGAGACACGUAUAUUAUUGAACAUUUAAAAAAGACAAAAACACGGUUUCUUUUAGGGGGGUGGGGGGAUUUCGGAAUCGUGGCAGCAGUUAUUUUAAUCAUGUCCUCUCGGGAUGGAGGAAGCAUUUUGCUCGCUUACUGGGACUGAACUGGUGUGAUUUUUAGGAUCUUUUUCAGUUCCAGUUUCCAGACACCGACUCAUCCGGCUGCUGCUGCCCGACGGAGGGGUGAUGGAUGCGGCGCCGAGUUAAUCUGAUUCCUCGGUGAAGAUACAGGAGACGGGGUAAAGUCCGGCUCUGUGGACUCUGGACACUAAGAUCCAGCCAGCAUCUGAUGGAGGACGCCUCACACUGUCGGCCCGAGCACCGUUGUGGAUCUCUGCUCUCUGCUGUGGACUCUGAAGCCGCUCCGAUCACAUACCGCAGAUCUGCCGUCACCAUGACUCCCCCAGCGCCGUCACGGACGCUCCGGCCGCCCGGCGCCACCACGCUGGUAACGCUAACGCUGCUGCUGCUGAUGACGUCACUUCCCAUGUCAGCUGCCGUGGAACCGGAGACGUGUUUCUCCAGACAACACCAGAGCGCCAUCGUGAACGUCAGACAGGCGCUGACCAAGCCGACCACAGCCAUGGACGCCAGGGUGGUGCGGUCGGAGCGGGACUGCGUCCUCGCCUGCUGCUCAGAGGAAGUCAAACCAGGCGCCAAGUGCAACAUGGCGGUGUUCAACGGCAACAAACACGCCGGCGAGGAUAACUGCUUCCUGUUCCACUGUCAGACGGAGCAGGACUGUCCGCUGAUGAAGGCUCAGGACGCCAUCAACACCUACGACAUCUACAAAGGUUUGAUUCAUCCGACCACGGUGAGACCUGUCGCCACGACGACGACCACCACCAUGGAGCCAACCUCCACCGACACACCGACCACAACCACGCCAACAACCACGCCAACAACCACGCCAACACAACCCACCACCACCACAACCACCGCACAAAUCACAACAACCACCACCACGGCCACGACCACCACCGUGAGUACGCAGGCUCCCGCCACAACAACAGCUCCACCACCCAUCAUCAUCAUCGCCACGAUGCCUCCGGUAACAACCGCACCCACAACCACAACCACAACAACGACAACAACAGCACCCAUAACAACCACAAUCACAACAACAACAUCAACCACGGCAACGACGACAACAACAACCCUGAAAAAGCCCAACAAAGCCACCAGAAAGCAAAAUAAAUCUCCCAAGAAAGUGAAGCCUCAUCCUGUCGUUGCCGCCACCACAUCACUUCCUGUGGUAACCGCUGGCAACAAGGCUGCAUUGAGAACUACUGACCCACCACAGCCAACCACAACAACAACAACAAGAACUACAACUGUCUCUACAACAAGAACUACAACUCCCUCUACAACGAGAACUACAAGUCCCUCUACAACAAGAACUACAACUCCCUCUACAACAAGAACUACAACUCCCUCUACAACUACAACUCCCUCUACAACAAGAACUACAACUCCCUCUACAACAAGAACUACAACUACAACUACAACUCCCUCUACAACAAGAACUACAACUCCCUCUACAACAACUUCAACAACUACAGCAACAACGACAAAGCCUCCCACCUCUACUCCUUUUCUGCCGAUCACUGAUUGGUCCACGGUGACUCCGGCGGCCACGCUGCUCAUCGUCCCCAAAGGCGCCGAGCAGUCGGAGCUCCCGCUGCAGAACUUGAGCGCUGGCCGCGGCGUGGGGGAAGGGGCCACGGCAACGCGGGGAGCGCUAAAAACCGGCAUGGUGGUGUUUAUGGUUCUCGGGCUCGCCGUGCUCACGCUGGCUCUGGCCGCCGCCGGCCGCAAGGCCAUGGAGUCCUUCGACAGACGCCAUUACACGAGACUGGAGCUCAACGAUCUGCACUACGAGGUGUGAGGACGCGGCACGGCACGGGUGGGAGGUCGGUUUCUAAGACGGAGAAACGGAAAAACUUAAAACAAGUUAAAGGUGCUGUAGGUAGGAUUGUGAAGAUCCAGGACUUAGUCCCAAAAAUGUAACAUUGACAACUUCUCAGUCCCUCCCCCUACUUUCUGCUAAAGCCCAAAACGGUCUCCUA